CCGCAAUAAGAUGAACACUCAUACAACAUACAUGCUGAUCGCAGCUUUGGCAGUUGUUGGAACCAUGUCCGUCUCUAACUCUUUUGCACAGAGCACAGACGACGCAAUGAUCGGUAUGGAAGAGUCCGUUGAAACGCAGAUUCCGCUCACUAUGAAGACAGACACGGAUCUCUACACGUACGGCUCGGACAUACUGGUCACAGGCCACAUAGCAAAUGUAAGAUCGGCUCAGACUCCGGUCACGAUGUUUGUGACUAGCCCGUUGGGCAAUAUCGUGGAGGCAAGGCAGCUUGUUCCAAACAGUGACGGCAGCUUCGAAUUUGUCAUCAAGACAUCUAGCAGCGCAUGGAAGUACGACGGCACAUAUGUCAUCAGGGCACAGUACGGCGCGCCUUCAACGAUAAGCAAGGUACUAGUGGCACUGACCGGCGGAUCUGCGUUCCCAGGAGACGGGAUGACCGAAGAUGAGAAGCCGGAGAUAUGCGGCACGGAAGGUCUGGGUGAAGGCGAAGAGCUGUGCGUUCCCUACGAGAUCACAGGAGGAAGCAUGACCAGCGUAAAGGCAAACACAGACGACGUCUCGCUGCAAUUCGGCAUUGAUGCCACCGAGGACGGCCAGGUAACACUGUAUACGUCUGAGGACGACAUAAGCGGAAUCUUCCUUGUCUUCGUAGACGACCAAGAAUGGGACGAUGCAGUGGUUGACGGAAACACCGUAACGGUAACGUUCCCAGCAGGUACAGAAGAGAUCGAGCUGUUUGCAGCAUAUGUAAUUCCAGAGUUCGGCACCAUCGCCGCACUGAUUCUGGCGGUUGCAAUAGUCUCCAUAAUCGCAGUCUCUGCAAGAUCACGGCUUGGACUCGUUCCAAGAUACUAA